AUGGCCGACCCCCGUAUUGAAGAGCUUGCCGAUGACGAGGUCCCCAAGACCAACGUCGAGGACGUCAGCGACUCUGAGUCUGAGGCUGAGAACGACACCUCCAUCCCCGCCGGUGCCUCCGUCACCAUCCACUCUCGUGGUGAGAAGAAGGCUCGCAAGGCUAUUGCCAAGCUCGGCCUGAAGCACGUUCCUGGCAUCACCCGUGUCACCCUCCGCCGCCCCAAGAACAUCCUCUUCGUCGUCAACCAGCCCGAUGUCUACCGUUCCCCCAACACCAACACCUGGAUCAUCUUCGGUGAGGCUAAGAUUGAGGACCUGAACGCCCAGGCUCAGGCUUCCGCUGCUCAGCAGCUCGCCGCCGCUGAGGCUGCUGGUGAGCACGCUCACGACCACGACCAUGAGCACGACCACGACCACGACCACGACCACGGCAAGGGCAAGGCCCCUGAGGUUGAGGCCAAGAAGGAGGAGGAGGAGGAUGACGGUGAGCCCGUCGAUGAGUCCGGCCUCGAGGCUAAGGAUAUCGACCUGGUUAUGGCCCAGGCCAGCGUUUCCCGCAAGAAGGCUGUCAAGGCUCUGCGGGAGAACGACAACGAUAUUGUCAACUCCAUCAUGGCUCUCAGCAUAUGA